UAUAGCCAAAGGGGAGUAUAUAGCCAAAGGGGAGUCUACAGUCAGAGGGGAUUCUACAGUCAAGGCGGAGUCUACAGUCACGAACCACGUGAUUAAAUGAUGUAUAAAUUUGAUCGAUUUGAAUGAUUUUCACCAGUCCUGAACAAGUCUCAGAGAGGAUACGGGUUAACUUCAUUUUUUUUAUUGUGAGAGUUUUGAUGUGGACAGAGAUGGAGGAUAAACAUCAAAACCUUAUUAAGGCAAACUACACUAUAUUGGUGAAGAAGAUGAUGGCAAUUCGAGUCGCGGAACAUUUGUAUGCUUCAAACAUAAUUACCGACGAAAUGAGGCAACGCAUAGAAGCCGAGAAAACCAGUUACGACCAAAGCAGAAAACUGAUUAGUAUCAUUUUACGUCGAGGAUCGAGGGCUUUUGUGGGAUUCCGAAUGGCCUUAAUGAAAGCCAAUCAAGCUGAUUUAUCGAGACUCUUGAUGAAUAAUGACGAUGAUACGAAGUCUGAAUACGAAAAGAAAUUAGCUAUGGCAAGAUCUUUAGUCAUUCCUACCAAAGAAAGAGGAGAUUCCGGAAACCAAUCAAAGAAAGCUACACACCCUCAGUCUCAGGAGCCAAGAUGUAGGAUAAGUCUGGAUGACUUUAAUGACCUGUUCCUCACCGUCAUGCCUUACAAGGGAACGGUUUACGUUCACAUUCGCCAUCUCGCAGAAUCCCAUGGUCGUCUCAUUGCCACAAAGAAAGGAGUCACCUUUCCUUUGGCUCGUUGGUUAAAAUUUGAAUCCCUUCUUCCAGAUAUCCAAGACUACAUAGACAACAUUGGAAAGGAGAAUGGAGAAGUGCAGUGGCAUAUUGGCGGAGGCGUGUUCGUCUCAUUGUCACCCGGCUACCCUACAGUGGAUAUAAGACACUUUUGGAAGCCCGACGAUGCCCCAGAACCCAUACCGACAAAGAAGGGUGUCACUUUGAACGGAAACAAACUAGCCAGACUUAGAGAUGCCCUUGAAGAAAUGCAUGAAUCUGUUCCAGAGCUCAAAGACACCGAACUCUGUAUGUUCAGCGAAUCUCAUCAAAAUCAACUUGGAAUGUUAGACUGUCCCGAAUGUACCCCGUUCGGUUACGAUGCCCAAGACAAUAUGUCCAAGGAAUGCAAUGUGGGAGAUUUACAGGACGUGAAAUCGAUUGAGAGUGAUCUUGAUUGACCUAAUGACCAUGAACACUGAAUUCAAAAUUAAUGAUGAGAAUAAUUAUAUAUACACAUGUUUGUUUUUCAUUCGAAAUCUAAUAAAAAUGAAUAGUAAUUAGUUGCCUGUCUUAAUUGGUUUGUUACUUGAAUAUAAAAGGUGAUAAUCAAAGAUGGAUCAUCAUUGGAACGCAGUAUGUCAAACUACACGGAUUACUUGAAGGAUCUCUACUACACUCCCGGUAAACCGGGAGCAUUUGCUGGUCCCGAAAAAUUGUAUCAAGCCGUUAAACAGGAAGGCAAAUACAAGAUUGGCAGAAGGAGAAUAAGACAAUUUUUAAACAACGAAGACUCAUAUAGUCUUUAUAAGCCUAUUCGUAAGACGUUUCCGCGCUCUAAAGUAAUAGUGAACACAAUCGACUCUAUGUGGGAUGGUGACUUAGCCGACGUCAGUAAUAUUGCAUCUCACAACGACGGUUACAAAUUCUUAUUGGUUUUAAUUGACAUAUUUAGUCGAUAUUUAUUUAUAGUCCCCUUGACAAAUAAACAUCAUCAAAACAUCAUCGAUGGUUUAAAAUCAGUUUUUCAAACUGGACGAAAACCACACACCCUUAGAACAGACAAAGGUAGCGAAUUCAAAAAUCGUUGGGUAAAGACGUUUCUGAAAAAAGAAGGAAUUAACGUGAUAUACACACAAAAUGAAACCAAAGCAAAUUAUGCGGAGAGAGUGAUUCGUACCAUGAAGAACCUUAUGUAUCGCUAUUUCAUGAAAAACAAAACUUACCGAUUUGUGAAUGUGUUGCAAGACUUGGUGAAAAGUUACAACAACAGACCUCACAGAUCUUUGGGUGGCAAUGCUCCCCUUACUGUCAACCAGGGAAAUGCUGAUGAAAUAAGACUCGAUGCUUAUCUUGCGGGAACAAAA